GCCUCCAGUCGGGCCUCUCACUGUUUGCAGGGCUGUGGGUGAGUGUGAGCGUGAGUCCAGCUGCUGUAGACUUGCGAACUGUUAGGAGCGAGCUUGAGCGCGCCAGAGAGCGAGAGAGCGAAUAGGAGGGGACCUAGAGGAGACUGGUCGAGAAAGCGACGGCCUGAGGACCAACAGUUUGAAAUUGAAUGACCAUGGCUGUCUCCGCACCUCCGGUGAUCUCUGCAACUUCCAGCGGCGUAGGCGUCCCGGGGGGCUUAUUUCGGGCCGAACCCCUGUACUCAACUCCCGGAGAGCCUCCUCGUCUCACCCCCAAUGUGAUCAACAGUUUCAUGGCCAAUAACCACAGCGGCGGUGCCGGGGGUGGAGGGGUCGGUAGUGCCAGCGGAGGCAGCGGCAACACCAACACCAACGAGUGCAGGAUGGUCGACAUGCAUGGAGUGAAGGUGGCUUCGUUUCUGAUGGACGGCCAGGAACUGAUCUGCCUGCCGCAAGUCUUUGAUCUUUUCCUCAAGCACCUGGUGGGAGGGUUGCAUACAGUGUACACUAAGCUGAAGAGACUGGACAUAUCCCCCGUGGUGUGUACUGUUGAGCAGGUUCGGAUCCUCCGCGGGCUUGGGGCCAUCCAGCCCGGGGUGAACCGCUGCAAACUCAUCACCAGGAAAGACUUCGAAACUUUGUUCACCGAUUGCACCAAUGCCAGAAGGAAGAGGCAAAUGACAAGAAAACAAGCUGUUAACAGUUCAAGGCCUGGCAGGCCUCCUAAGCGUUCUUUGGGAGUGUUGCAGGACAAUGCUCGCCUUCUGCCCCAUUCAGUCCCAGGCCUCUUAUCACCGGGACUUAUCACUCCAACAGGUAUAACAGCUGCAGCAAUGGCUGAGGCGAUGAAGCUGCAGAAGAUGAAGCUUAUGGCUAUGAACACUCUUCAAGGAAAUGGAAACCAAAAUGGGACUGAAUCAGAGCCUGAUGAUCUUAAUUCAAAUACAGGUGGAAGUGAAUCAUCCUGGGAUAAGGAUAAGAUGCAGUCUCCUCUUGCUGCUCCUGGACCUCAACAUGGAAUUGCUCAUGCAGCUAUGGCUGGCCAGACAGGCCUUGGGGGUGCUCCUACCCUCAAUCCACUGCAGCAAAACCAUCUGCUGACCAAUAGACUGGAUCUGCCGUUUAUGAUGAUGCCUCAUCCUCUACUUCCAGUCAGCUUACCUCCUGCAUCAGUUGCUAUGGCAAUGAAUCAGAUGAACCAUCUUAAUACUAUUGCCAACAUGGCUGCUGCAGCCCAGAUUCACAGUCCACUCUCCAGAGCUGGGGCCUCUGUUAUUAAGGAACGGAUCCCAGAGAGUCCUUCUCCUGCUCCCUCUCUGGAAGAGAGUCAUCACCCUGGGAGCCAGACCUCCUCCCACCCCAGCAGCAGUGUGUCCAGCUCUCCCUCUCAGAUGGAUCACCAUUCGGAAAGAAUGGUUAUGAUGCCCAACAAUAGAGAGGAACUUGUUGUUGAUCAGGAUAAUGGACCAACUAUCAAAAAAUUCCAAAGGGAAAAUAAAGAAGAGGAUCCCGUUCAAAUUCCAAUGAUGAAAUCGCCCUUGGACAAGAUCCAACUGACUCCUGGGCAGGCAUUGCCUCCUGGAUUCCCUGGACCAUUCAUUUUUGCUGAUAGUCUGUCCUCUGUGGAGACUCUGUUGACCAACAUUCAGGUCAACAAUAUUUCUAUAAACAAAAUAAAUGGUCUACUGAAAGUGGCUUUGGAUAAUGCUCGCAUCCAGGAGAAGCAGAUUCAACAAGAAAAAAAGGAACUGAAAAUGGAGCUCUAUAGAGAGAGAGAGAUUAGAGAAAACCUUGAAAGACAACUCUCAGUUGAGCUUCAAAGCAGAAGUACCAUGCAAAAGCGCCUGAAGAAGGAGAAAAAAGCAAAGAGAAAACUACAAGAAGCUUUGGAAUUUGAAUCAAAACGCAGGGAGCAAGUGGAGCAAGCACUUAAGCAAGCCACUACUGGUGACAGUGGACUGAGGAUGUUGAAAGAUACUGGGAUUCCAGAUAUUGAAAUAGAAAACAAUGGAACUCCUCAUGAUAGUACUGCUAUGCAAGCCUGAACACUGAUGCCGGAACUCCAACCGAUCAUAGGCACGAAUAGGGUGCUGUAGCAGUUACCUGCUAAUCUAGUGUUGUAAUUCUUUGAAAUUCAUACUCAAAUUCUUAAAACAUGGAACCUUCAAUUACUAUUUGUUCAUUACUGAAAAUUAGAACCUUGCACGUACAGGAAAAAUGUAUUAGAAAAUGGGCUUCACAAGUGUCUGGGGGAUAAUCAUAAUAAUGAUUGAACAUGAUACUUUACACUUCUAUAACCCCUUUCUUCCAUGGAGUUCAUAGUGCUUCAUAAACAUUAUCACGUUAAUCCGCAGAGCAUCCUAGUGGGGUAAGUAGGUGGCAGCAUUUCUAAGACGUGGAAAAUGCUAUUUCUAAAUAGUGUGACAGAAAUAAAAGUUCAGACAACACACUUUAAGCUGUGAUUACUAUGAAAUAGUUUUAUAUCUGGUUGACCUGGGAUUAUAGGAAUUAAAGUAAGGAGAUAAUUCAUUUGUGCAAAUGAUCAAUAUUUGUUAUCACUGCUUUGGGGAUUACCUUUCUAAAAGAAACAUGUUGCUUGUAGUGUUCUAUAAGAAAAGAAAAUACAGAGGGCUCUAGUUUGUAAAUUUUAGCACAACUUUGCUUUUACCACUUCCUUUGAUCUGUUGAUGGUGGAGCAAGUCAUUUAAUACCUUUCUACUAGCACAUUCCUUAUCUGUAAAGAAGACAAUGAUAAAAACACAGACACAUGCUACUAAAAAUACCCCUUCUAUUCUUUUUUGCUCUCCUCCCUUCACCAAUCCUGUUUCCUCUUUAUUAAGCUAUCAACAAGCAAACUGUAGACAAAAGAAAGGGAGAAAGGCAGAUAUGAUGGGUCAGUCACAUUGUGGAUAUUUUCCAUUUCUCACGCUCUAGUCUAAACAUGGUCAGAUGCUAAGAUGUUCCAGUGAUUAGAACCAAAUGGGUCAUUGGGCUUGAAUUGUCCAGGAAAUGGCCUCAAAUAUUUUUAACUGUUUACUUAAUGGAGACCUGGCCAAAGGCUGGUGGCAAAUACCUAUCAUCAUUUCAUGCCUCCUAAGAAUCUAAUACAGCAGUAUUCCAAUGUGUUAAAUUGUAGUCUAGUGAUCAAAAAAUUAAUUCCCCUCCUAAAGUGCCCUCUUUACACCAAGCAAAAACUAAUCCAUUAAGUUAUUUUUAUAUCUUCCCUAGAAUUAAGUUGUGAUGUGACAGAAGCAUCGCUUAUCCUACACAAAAGUCCAACUGAGUUUUUAUCCAUUCUCCAAUACUCAAUUCCCUGUGGCAAUACAUGAAAUUUCUGCUGGAAUGGCCACCAACUUUACACAUUUUAAAAUAUUACAUUAAUCCAUAUCAGUGUGACGUUGUGGCCAUUCCAUGCUCUGAAGGAAUUUUUUCUAAGGCUUCUGGUGCUCUCUACAUACUGUAGAAGAUCUACUUGUGUAGAGUAGAUAUGUUGCUUUAACCUAAUUUGGUGAAAUAGUGCCAAAUUAGAAAUAAGUCAUGGAGAAGGACUGAGGCAAAUGAAUUCUUUAGGAUUUUAUUAAUGCCAAUUUUUUUUGUCUUUUUGUUCUUUUUUAGGGCCGCACCUGUGGCAUAUGGAGGU